AAAAAAAUAUCUCUCACUCUCUCACUCCUUCACGCUAUCAGCUUCUCUUAUUUUAUUUUUAUUAUUACUAUUAAUUAACUUCACUUCAAUGAAUUUCUGUGUCUUGUAAAUUUCUCCCUGAACAACAACAGCGGCAAAAACCUCCAAUCUUGAAGCAAAGAUUCAGCAUCAGCAUGGGCUGCGCUGGAUCCUCGCAGAGCAAAGCCGACGCAGGGGCGGUGAAAAAGAUUCGAAAGCCAAAGCCAUGGAAGCAUCCUCAGCCAAUAACGAAGUCUCAGUUGAUGCAGCUGCGUGAUGAGUUUUGGGACACUGCUCCGCAUUAUGGUGGCCGGAAAGAGAUCUGGGAUGCACUUCGAGCUGCCGCUGAAGCUGAUCUAACUCUUGCUCAAGCUAUUGUUGACAGUGCAGGGGUCAUCGUUCAAAAUGCUGAUUUGACAAUUUGCUAUGAUGAAAGAGGUGCAAAAUAUGAACUACCCAAGUAUGUUUUGAGUGAACCAACGAACUUAAUCAGAGAAGGUUAAAAUAGGGAGAUAGUGUGUAUCUUGUGCAAGAUUUGAUUGUAUAUCAUGUAUAUUGUUCUCUCAAUCUCCAUAUUUUCUCUCCUAAAAUCAUGGUCUGACCUCUUCGUUUGUGCUCAUUUGGACUGCUUUCAAGCCUGUUGUGAGUUUCUCUGGUUAACUGAACUCUCUUUGGAUUUUGUAAAAAUGGAACGAACCAGUUCUAAUUUUUCUGCUAAAAUAUUGUUUAGGCUGGUAGAUAG